AUAGAUAAAUUAUAUGAUUAAAUUUAAUCGUUUGAUUUUGAUUAUUAAUGAAAAACAAAAAAAAAAAGAAAAGAAUAUGAUCAUAAAACGGGAAGAAGUAAAAAAAAGUUUCUGCGAAUACAUUCGAGAGCAACUUCUCCGACCUGCCUUAAUCGCCUCAACUGUACCAAAUAUACCGAUCUUAAUUUCGGCAAGAGGACCACGCCCGGAAUUUGUUUCUGUCCCCUCUCAAUCGACUAUCCUUCCUCUCCUUCGCACUUUCUAUCUCCCUUUCUUAGUGAUCUCUGACAAGGAAAUCCGCGUGUAUUUCCCUCUCCCUCAAUCCUUCAUGUCCAAUCGUAUCGAACAAUGGGGUGUCCAAAAUCCGAUCGACUCCCUUACAAUCUCGCAGACAUAUAAAUACUGGGCCAGUCGUUUCGUUUCAGUAUAACACAAGUAGCUCUCCUACUACAGUAAACCAAGAAAAAUGGCAUUCAAGUUAAUCGCUCUCUCAGCUCUCUUGGCGAUAGCCCAUGCUGGCGGACCAGCCGCAUACGACAUCGCCACGGCAUCGGCUGAUCUUAGUAGCAUAGGCUACAGCCAGGAAUCUACGCAGAAGGGCUAUGCAGGACAGAAUGUCGUGUCGAGUUACUCGAGGGCUGAAGACUCCGCACACUCUUCGGUACGCGUCAGUAACAGCCACGUUACCAACGAUGCUUUGACUUAUGCAGCAGCACCAGCAGCAGUGAUCGCUAAGCCAGCUUAUACCGCGGCUACUUAUGCUGCUCCUGUAGUGACCAAAGCCGCACUUGCACCAGCGACUUAUACGACUUAUACCUCGCACGCUGCACCAGCGACUUAUACGACUUAUGCCGCACAUGCUACUCCUGUAUUGGCUAAGACAGCUUAUGCUGCUGCUCCAGCUUAUGGAUAUACUGCCCAUGCUGCCCCAGUAUUGGCUUCGCAGCUCCAUACUACAGCUCCAAUCUACAGCUACGCUGCUCAUUCUGCUCCUGUCGUCACCAAAACUGCCUACGGCACCUCUGCCUACGGAUAUACCUCACCACUUGUAGCUAAGACUACCUAUGCAGCUGCUCCUCUUGUAACAAAAGCAGCCGUAACUGCCCCAGCUGUAGUCGCUAAGGCUACUUAUGCCGCACCAGCCUACGCAGCAACCACUUACGGAUACGCCGCACACGCUACUCCAGUCCUUGCCAAGGCUACUUACUCUGCUCCUGUUGCUCACGUCGCCGCUACCCCUGUUCUCGCCAAAACUGCACAUGUUGAACCUGCCUACGGUUAUGCUGCUGAAUACGCCGCCCCCGUCGUACAUGCCACCUUCACCGGAUUAGGCACCAGCUAUGCUUGGUAAAUCGUAAUUAGCUCGACUUCUUCUGGCUUGGCUAUUUCCCUUCUUAUUCUUCUUACUUCUCGUAUUUCAUCUUUCUUUCAUUAUACAUUACUGUGUAGACCUGAAAAAUACUCCAUUUUAGACCACUGUGUUAUUCGGAAUAAGACUAAUUGAUAAUGAGAGAUGAUAUCGGUUUUAAAUUUCUAACUGAUAUGUACAUACUUUUUUAUUAGAUCUCUCUCGUCCGUUCGUUUGAUAUUUUUAUUAUUUUCCAACUUACCGUGUAAUUGUAAUCGACUUCAAGAUAUUACCAUAUCGUAAUGUCGUCGUUGUUUAAUGGACGCUUACCAAAUCUGUAGUAGAAGUAGUGCAUAAGUAUUUAUAUUUAUGUUACCCUGAAUGCUAUGACUUUUCCGUGUCUUCGCCAUUCAAUCCGAUUCGACACGAAUAUUUACUUAUUCGAUAGUAAGUAAGAACGAUCUUUUCGAUAUACUUAUUUCCAUAAUGUGAGAAAAUAAAUUUUGCAUCUGCGAUAAUAAUAUGUGAGUUUUAUUUUUUCUGAAUAUUUCAAUUCCUCGAAGAAAAAGAUGAGAAAAGUUUGUUGAUCGAAGUUAUAUAAAUUUAAAUAUCACGCACAAUGAUAGGCAACACUCCAUACUUCGUCGAUAAUCGCAUUUGUGAGCGCCAUCUAUUACGAAGAAACUUUUUCAAACCCUUAUGAUAACGUAGUAACUCUUCGUUACCUACGCAUACGCAUAAUGUGUUGACUAUUAGGCUCUAACGGUAUAAAAAAUUCACACGCGGUUGUGAAUUUGGUUGGAUUAUUUCAUUGUGAAAAAUAUCAAUUUCGUUAUUAAAAGAUGACGAAAAUUAAAAAAG